CUGGGUCUUGUGGCGUUGACGGCUUCCGAGAUGCCCCUCUCCUCCCCAGCCCUAACCCUACUCUGCUCUGCCUUCGUCCUCCUCCGCUCCUUUGCCUUUCCCCCGCCCUCCUCAUCUUCCUUCGUCUUCAUUCCUCUCGUGACUCUCGCCACGCCCUUCCUUCCCCAUGCCUGCAAUCUAACGCAUCACUGCCAUCUCCACCACCACGCCACUUGCACUGGAACCCGCCCCUUCCCUCGCCUUCCGUUUCUCUGCCUGCCUGCCUCCCUCCCUCCCAGUCAUGGAAUAGAUCCCCAGGCUGCCUUUCUCAUAGCAGAAGCCUUGUUCUUUGCGUGGUGGAUGUGUGGCAUAUACGCAGGCUUAUUUCGGCAAGAGUUACAAAGGAGAUACCACCUCCAGAACUGUCCAUGCGAACCGUGUACCGUCCAUUGCUGUUUGCACUGGUAUGCACUAUGUCAGGAGCAUCGCGAGAUGCAGGGACGUUUAUCGGACAACGUGGUGAUGCCCAUGACUGUUAUCAAUCCUCCGCCUUAGCAACAGAUUAAUUUUGAAGAAUCCGCAACAGCAAGCGACUCGAAGCCUGCCCAGAUACAAGAUACAGGCUUCAUAACGAUCUAUAUUCUGAGCUGGUGAUAUUGAAUCUUAAUCCUUUAUGAGGAUUAGUGGUCUUACUUUACAAGAACCAUUUGGGCUUAAAUACAUUCACUUAAGCAAGUGAACAUAUAUAUCAACAUUUUCAAUAUUGUGAGGACAAGCCAUUAGGAUUAUUUAAGAUUGAUGGUUUAGCUUUAGAAAUAUAAAUUCAAUUUGUAGGAUAGAAAAUUGUAUGGUUUGUGGGAUAAUAUGGUUGAAAGAGUGUUUGAUAAGUACUUUUGAAAUACCAAACAAAUCUAAUAUGUAAUUUUCAACA